AUGCGCCCGCGCGCUCGCAGACGCUGCGCCGGCAGACGCGGCACAUUUAGACGCCGGCCGGCGCCCGCGCACGCAGACGCGCAGCGCCAGCGCCAGCGGCGCCGCAGCAGCGCCCCGCGCGCGGGCGCCCGACCCGGCGCCCCCGACGCCCCGCGCCGCGAGCGCCGCAGCCAGCAGCAGACGCCCGCGCCCCACGCGACCCCGGCGCCCGCCGGCACGCAGCGCGGCGGCGCAGACGCGCCGCCCACCCCCCGCGCGCAGACCGACGCGGCGCGCCAGCCAGACGCAGCGCGGACGCAGACGCGGGCGCGGGCGCGCGCGCGGAUGGCGCGACGAGCGCGGGCGCGAGCGCGAGCGCGAGCGCGUGAGAUGCGAGACGCGGGCGCGGAUGAGGCGCGGAGCGGGCGAGAUGCGAGCGCGAGCAUCGGCUCGCGCGACGGCGACGCGAGCUUGAAGCCGCUGCGCCUUGGUGGCGCGCGCAUUAUCGCGCGCGGCGCAUACGCAUACGCCUUCUAA